CACUAUUACAUAUAAAAUAAAUUAAUUAAAAAAAGAAAAGAAAAGAAAAGAAAGAGAGUAGAGAGUAGGUGUAGGGAGAGAUGCUAGCGAAGGAAUCGGGUGGUGUGAACUUCGAUCUCCCCGAAGAAGUACUGAGGGUACUGCCUUCGGAUCCUUUCGACCAACUUGAUGUGGCCCGCAAAAUCACAUCCAUUGCCCUCUCGACGCGUGUCUCGGCUCUCGAAUCAGAGUCAUCCGACCUUCGCGCCAAGCUCGCCGAGAAAGACCGCCUCAUCGACGACCUUCGUGACCAGGUCGAUUCCCUCGACGCCUCUCUCUCCGACGCCACUGAUAAACUCGCCGUCGCCGACCAUGAAAGGGAGAGCUUGCUGAAAGAGAACGCUUCGUUGUCUAGCACUGUUAAGAAGCUUAACAGAGAUGUCGCAAAGUUGGAGGUUUUCAGAAAGACACUUAUGCAAUCACUCCAAGAAGAUGAAGAUAAUACUGGAGGUGCUCCAGAAGUUGAGGCUAAGAUUGAAAGCCAAGGAAGUUUGUCUACUGGAUCACAGAUUGGAGAAGAUGAUGCUGCAUAUCCAGAUAUGAGAUCCUCAUCAAUGAGGAGCCAGUUCACUUCAGUUGGAAAUUCGUUUGCAGAGGGUCGUGAAGCAGAUUCCAUAAGACCUCGCAUAUCACCUGGUCUCCUGUUAGCAUCCCAGACUACUACACCUCGGUUCACUCCUCCUGGUUCUCCUCCUAGUCUAUCUGCAUCAGUUUCUCCUACAAGGACGUCGAAACCUGUGUCCCCAAGACGGCAUUCAAUGUCAUUUUCAACAUCAAGAGGCAUGUAUGAUGAUAGGUCUUCAAUAUCAAGUUCUGACACAGCAUCCCAAACUGGAAGAACUCGAGUUGAUGGAAAAGAAUUUUUUCGCCAAGUCAGGAGCCGAUUGUCUUAUGAGCAGUUUGGUGCUUUUCUUGCAAAUGUGAAGGAACUGAAUGCCCACAAGCAGACAAAAGAGGAGACUCUACAAAAGGCUGAUGAGAUUUUUGGACCAGAAAACAAGGACCUGUAUGCUAUUUUUGAGGGGUUGAUAACUCGCAGUCUGCAUUGACAUCUUGUAGUUGGAUGCAAGUUAAGUUUGUGAAAUAGUCCUUUCCACGGCAUUAUUUUCUUUAGCAAGUCUUUCUCUGUACAUUAAAUAGAAAUUAAAGCUAUUAUAAAACCAUUCUUUGACUUGUUUUCUGUUUAUUUAAGAGCUGACAAAAAGCUUUUACCAAAAAAUAGCUAAUAAAAAGCGAGUCAAAUCAUCGGAAA